AUACAUAAGAAAAUGACCUUCUCCACCUCUGGAAAUAGCACUAGUAUCUGCAUAGUGAUAAAUGUGAGAAACACAGUCCAGCAGCAGCAGUUUGCUAUUCCUGGACCUGACCGAGUGUUUUUCAGUCACGCAGAUCAGAGUGGAACGGUGCACGCGGGCUGAGAGGGACUCUGGUGUCCUCGUGCCAGGCUCGUUUUAUUUUGUUACAAAUAUUAAAGGUGGACAUAUUACACACAGGGCUUUCUCCCAGAGCUGCUGCUGUCACCCGGGCCUGACUCCUCAGUCUCGGGUUAAACAUGUCAUCUUCAUACGCUGCUGCCAUAUCAGCCCUCCUUUCAGCCAGCUCUCCGAAUCCACCUGUCAAAACCAGCCCUGAACCCUUCCCAGACACAGCAGGGAGUCCUAGACCUUCCCCCGUGCCCAGCAAAGCUGUCCACAGCACCCCAGCUGCACAAAUACAUCCCCAUUCCACUGAACCUCUGGGAUCUUAUGAAGAGCAACAGGAGAACCCUGCAGACUACGACAUUGGUGGUUACUACCAUGUAGAGAAAGGAGAGAUCUUUGUCGACCGUUACCAAGUGGUUAAAAAGUUGGGAUGGGGUCACUUCUCUACUGUGUGGCUCUGCUGGGAUAUGGUGAAGAGGCGUUUUGUGGCUCUGAAGGUGGUGAAGAGUGCUCAAACAUUCACAGAGACGGCACUGGAUGAGAUCAAACUUCUGAAAUGUGUAAGGGACAGUGACCCCAAAGAUCCAAAACGUGAGCGAAUCGUGCACCUCAUCGAUGACUUCAGGAUCACUGGAGCAAAUGGAGAGCACGUAUGCAUGGUUCUGGAAGUGCUGGGCCACCAGCUGCUGAGGUGGAUCGUUAAGUCCAACUACACCGGCCUCCCCCUGCCUUGUGUUAAGAGCAUCCUCAGGCAGGUUCUGCAGGGUUUAGAUUACUUGCACACUAAAUGCAAGAUUAUCCACACAGACAUAAAGCCAGAAAACAUCCUCCUGAGAGUGGACGAGGAUUACAUACAGAAACUGGCGGCCAACACCAAGCUGUGGCAGCUGCCAGUGUCUCCUGCUUUCACCAGCUCCUCAGUGAACAGAAACUCCGGAGAAAAACAGAAUUUAUCCAGAUUGUUGGGGAAGCUAACCGGGGUUUUCCACACUCUUGGGGAGUGGUCCAGCAAGGUCUCCAAGAGCCCCAUGAAACGACUGACGAGGAAAGACAGGAGUCGUCGGGGACAGGAGAGUGCAACUGCCCACGCUCCAAAAGAGAAACUUCACGUGUCCUUCUCCGAUGCCCCUGCUCCCUUCAGCACCCGUAGCUCCACCUGUCUCUCUAAACUCACAGGUGCUACCCUCAAGUUCAGGAGGCACACAAUGCUAUUUGAAGAUGGACUGGACUCAGCUACACGCAGCAACAAAGACUCCUUCUGCUCGUGGCCGGACCUCAACACAGAUGCUCCUGUCUCUGGUUCUAGAUCAGUGUUAUUUCAUCAGACUGCGGACAAAGAACCUCCUCCUCCUUCACCAUCCUCUCCCCGUGGUAUCAGUGACUCAGACGAACUUCUUGACCUCCUAAAGCCCCAGAAUGCUGAUAAAGUCCUCAUCAAGAUAGCUGACCUGGGAAAUGCCUGCUGGGUGCACAAACACUUCACUGAGGACAUCCAGACGUGUCAGUACCGCUCUGUGGAGGUUCUGAUCGGUGCUGACUAUGACACACCGGCCGAUAUCUGGAGCACCGCCUGCAUGGCUUUUGAGCUGGCCACCGGGGAUUAUCUGUUCGACCCCCAAUCAGGAGCCACGUUCUCCCGCGAGGAAGAUCACAUUGCCCACAUCAUCGAGCUGCUGGGACCCCUUCCAUCCCAGUUUGCCCUCUCAGGGAGAAAUUCCAAACGAUACUUCAACCGUAAAGGACAACUGCGACACAUAUCCAAGCUGAAGCCAUGGAGCUUGUUUGAGAUCCUGCUGGAUAAAUACGAGUGGUCGCGGGAGGAAGCCGCUCAGUUCAGCUCGUUCCUCCUCACCAUGCUGGAACUGCUGCCAGAGGAAAGAGCCACAGCUGCCCAGUGUCUGAAACACCCCUGGAUCUCCUCCUAGAUAUACCAGAUUCUGUCUUGUUCAGAGCCCAGUGGACUAGCAGGCUCGGACACAUCGCAAGUGACGUUGGACUCGGACAGAUGUGGAAUAUACAGUGGUUGUCUGGUGCUGGCAUCAUGGGGACAGUUUUCAUAUUUAUUAGCCUGAGUGAGAGCCUUUUCACAGUUGAGUUCCUCUGUCUGGAAAACUGCCUCGUGACAUGAUCAAGAAGUUGUUACAUUUCAAUAAACUGACAUCCGAUUGCUUUAUUUUUGUUUCUAAGAAAAGCAAAUCAAGACCUCCCCAUGAAGAAAUGCUUGUUUUUACUUAAACGGUGGUGUCUGAAGUAUGUGAUGGAUUUAUUCACAUAACUCAAUCGCAAAAAAUGUCAUUUUGAAGGAUUACCUUGAUGACUCAGAAAGAAAACGGAUGUUUAUACACUGCAUUAUUAAAAAAAGGUAAACUUUAAUAACCUCACUUUAGGUGUUUGUGGAAACUAAGCUGAAAAUGUAAUCACAAUAAAAAUGAUACUACUACUAGUGUUUGCAGGUGGACUCACAGUUAACCCAAAGAAAUCAUUAAAUGCCAA